UGAGUUUAUUCAAAUGUAAAAAGUUAGAACAGUUGUAUUUGAAUUAUAAUCAUUUGGAGGGGAUUGUACCAUUAGAAAUCUCAAAUUUGACUUCACUCAAGCUUUUAUUCAUCCAAGAAAACAAUUUAUCAUGUCCUAUUCCUUCCUUAAUCUUCAACAUUUCCUCUUUGCAACAUAUUUCAGUGGGAUUCAAUAAUUUCUUUGGUUCUCUCUCCUCCAAUAUGUUUGAUUAUCAUCCCCAAUUACUUCGUCUUGAUUUGGGAGGAUGUCAACUUUCUGGAAAAAUUCUAAAGAGCUUAUUUAAAUGCAGAGAAUUACAAUAUAUAUUUUUGGAUUAUAAUUAUUUGGAGGGAACUGUGCCAUUAGAAAUCUCAAAUUUGACUUCACUCAAGGUUUUCACCAUUGGAGAAAACAACUUCUCAGGCCAAAUUCCUUCCUCAUUAUGCAAUUUGAGUUCCCUUAUGCUUCUCUAUUUAUCGAACAAUAGUUUGGAUGGAACAAUUCCGGAAUGCAUUGGAAACUUGAGUUCUUCUCUUUCACACCUUAACCUACGGAUGAAUAAUUUUCAUGGUAAAAUACCUGAAAAUUUUGCUGAAGGUUGCAGCUUUAUAAGUUUUCUAAUCAGCAACAACCAAGUCGAAGGGUCACUACCACGAUCUUUGGGUAAUUGUAAAGAUUUGAAGCUUCUUGAUGUUGGGAACAACUAUUUAAAUGCCACUUUCCCAAAUUGGUUAGGAAAUUUGAAUCAGUUACAAGUGCUUGACUUGAGAUCGAACAGAUUCUAUGGUAAGGUGGAUAGCUCUGAUGUUACCUUCACUCGUUUGCGUGUCAUUGAUCUUUCUCGUAAUAACUUCAGUGGCUACCUACCUGUAAAUUUUUUUGAAAAUUUGCAUGCCAUUAGAGAAGUGAAUGAAAAGAAAGUUAAACCAGAGUACAUGAUAGAAGAAGUAGCUAGUGGAACAAUAUAUAUUGAACUAGGCUUAUCUUUUACAACAAAAGGGUUGGAAACAGAGUUUGAGAAACUAUUAACCAUAUGGACAGCUAUUGACUUCUCCAGCAACCAAUUCUCCGGAGAAAUUCCUAAAACAAUUGGAGAGCUUCAUUCACUAAUUGCCCUAAAUCUCUCUCAUAAUUGUUUAACAGGUCCUAUCCCAUCAUCAUUAGGUGAUUUGUCAGAACUUGAAUCAUUAGAUCUCUCAUCAAACAAGCUCCACGGAAGAAUUCCAACAGAGUUUACAAAUCUUGGAUUCCUUGAGGUGUUAAACCUUUCUCAUAAUAAUCUCGUAGGACCCAUUCCUCAUGGCAAACAAUUGGAUACUUUCAGUAAUGAUUCCUACAUAGGAAACUUGGGUUUAUGUGGAUUGCCAUUAUCAAAGAGCUGUGAUAAUGAUGAGGGAACUCCAGCCAAAUUUGAUAGAGAUGAUGAUGAAGAUGGAUUGAAUUGGAAAUUUCUAUACUGA